AUGAAGAUUUCAACUACAUUACCCCUUCUCUUACUUCCAUUCGUCAUUGCUCAUUCUCACGGUAUCCAUCCUGCUCGACAUCCAGAGCGAAGAAAUGGUUAUUCGAGAAAUUCAAGAGCUGGUAGAAUAGAUGCUAGACAACAUACAACCACUGCAGGAACGACCAAUGGUAGCGGAGGCUUAUUGGGUGGUUUAGUGAGCGAGGAAGAAUCAACAGCGACACCUACAUCUACCCUUGUCAGUACUACCAAAUCUACGCUUGUAGUCAGUACGACGUCACCGGUUGUGACCAGUACCACAAAUACAGCUCAAGAUUCUACUCUUGAGAUCACAUCCAGAACUACUAUCUCAGCUGUAGCAAGUUCAAUUAAACCUACAGGUAGUAUCGCUCUUUCCUCUGGAUUGAACGGUACAACUAGCUCUGCCUCGACAGCGACCAUUCCGGUCAAUUCAACUGUAUCAACUAAUUCGACUGUAUCAUCAACAGUGACGUCUACUACAUCAUCUUCUAUACCAACUUCAUCCUCCGCUUCCGUCCAAUAUACAACCGACGCAUCAGGUCAAACCCAGUUGAUCACAGUGAUAUUGACUGCUUCAGUACCUUCUGCAUCCGAUACGACUGCAUCAGCUACAGCAAGUGCUAAAUCGAAAGAUGAUGGAGAUUCAAUUCCCAUACCUGCAAUCAUAGGUAUAGCAGUAGGUGUAGGUGUGGCUAUUAUCGCUUUGAUCGCUUUCGCCGUUUGGAGGAUGAAGAGAAAGAACGGUGAUGAAGAUGAAGCUAUCAGGUGGCCCGAACUCAAUAGACAUGGUGAUUCAGAUGCCCAUCACGCAUUACCAGCUAGACAAACUGGACAACAUGGAUUUGAGACUAACCCAUUAUCGAGAUCAUUAUCUAACUCAUCAUCAAUAUUCGCUCCUUCUUCUCAUGCUGGAUUAACCACUUCCAGCGGCGGCGGUGGCGGCGGUGGUGCAGGUGGUGGACCAACCGUAAUGGCUUUGAAUGGAUCUUCAUUCGGUGCGACAUCUUCUUUGGAAGAUGAUUAUUCUGAAAAACAAGGUGGAGCAAGUGCGAAUCAAUCUCAUGAUGAUCACGAUAACUAUACUUCUCUUCCACCACCUUUGGACUAUCAUCAACAUCAACACGAUCACGAAUAUCAACAUGAACAUGGUUAUCCAGCAAUUCACGGACAAGAUCACACUCACGGUCAAGAAGAAGAUGUUUAUGGUGGUAUGACAAUGAUCGAUAAUUCUCAUCAUGUCACAAUGCCUAAUAAUCAAGAAAGAGGUCAAGGUAGAUCAAAUUUCAGAUUGGAGUAG